AUGAGGUCUCUGGCUGUGAAGAAACCACACAGGUGCAAGGUAUGUGGGAAGGAGUUCUUGUGUAAGUCAUCCCUGAAGGAUCCCGUGGAGGCUGCGCUCCCUGAUCUGCAGUGGCUCCGAUGCACCGGGCUCAGGAAAGAUCCCCACAGUCCAUCCUCCCACCUCACCUCGCAUAUAGAGCAGCCCACUGCCGAGAAACCGGUCACCUGUAAGGAGUGCGGCAAAGCAUUCAGGUUCCCCUCCGUGCUCACCAAGCACCAGAGAACUCACAGCGGGGAGAGGCUUUACGCGUCCAAGCAGUGCUGGAAGUCAUUCAGCAACUCUUUGGUCCUGCGACAGCACGUGGCCGUGCACAGUGGGAAGAGAAGGUCACACAGUGUGGACAGGACGUUCGCUUGUAAGGAGUGUGGCAAAGCCUUCAAGUACUCCUCAGGGCUCACCAAGCACAAGAGAACCCACGUCGUGGAGAAGCUGUACGCGUACAAACAAUGCCACAAGUCCUUCAGCGAUUCCUUGGCCCUAAACAAGCACACCCAGAUGCACAGCGGCGACUGUCCCUACACGUGUGAGGCAUGUGGGAAAACCUUCAUCUCGUCCUGCUACCUCAAGGAGCACAGGAAAACCCACAGCGGGGAGAGGCCCUACACGUGCGAAGCGUGUGGGAAAACCUUCAGCCGCUCCUCCCACCUCAGGAGACACGUGAGGACGCACAGCGAUGAGAAACCCUACACCUGCCAGGACUGUGGGAAAACCUUUGCCUGCUCAUCCAACCUCAGGUCGCACAGCGGGGAGAGGCCGUUUGCCUGUAAGGAGUGUGGCAAAGCCUUCAGGCAUGCUGUGGUGCUCACCAGGCACAAGAGAAUUCACAGAAGUGAGAAGCCGUACGAGAGCAAGCAGUGA